CUUCUCACUCUAAAAGCUACAACUGUUCCUUCUUUCUUUCAUUUCUGUGCUUUUUUGGCAGCGAAUACUCCACGCUUUCUCUGCCAAAAUUUCGCUAAACCCUAGAAAAUGCUUCCAGGUAAGGCUUCGGUUUCGAUUUUGGUUUCAGCCUGAGCCAGAUCUGAAAGCGUUUUCUCGAUCGAAGUAUGAUCUUUCUGCUCGAGGAAUUGGUGUUUUUGUUGUGAAAAGCUUCCAUUUUUUGUUACUUUUGGAGUGGUGGCUGGCUGGGGAACUUUCCUUUCUUUCUGAACUUCUGAAAUGGAGGACCCUGUAGUACAAACCGGGGAAGAGCCAGGGGAGAAGACCCAAGUUGCAGAAAAGCAAGUUUCGGGUAAUUCAUCUUUAGGUGAGAAGAAAGUUGCGAAAGCUGUGAAACCUGGUUCUGCUGUGACAUCAAAGGCCUCAGUACCAACAGCUGCUAGUAGGAAGAGGGUGGUUGACCCAAAAGCCAGUUCGGAUUCUACUUCAAGUGUGAGGAAAUCAACUGUUACUGGUUCGUCACACAGUUCGAAUUCGGGUCCGGGGACAAGGCGUAACAGCACUGGAGGAUUGGCCGAGAAGCCAACUGUUGCGUCUGCUGCAAAGCAGAGCAAUGCCACUACUGUGGCUGGGAAGAAGACAAUGGAUCCAUCAAGGCGGUCUCUCCCCGAGCUCAGGAGGAGUUCGCUGCCUUCAGUGGCUACUAAACCUUUAAACAGAGGGAGUGUUUCAGAAACUAAAAAGUUAACUCCGGUGGCGUCACCAGCCGACCGUAGUCUGAGAAGAUCUACUGAGUCUGCUGUGACUAAGCAAGCAACAGUCAGUGGUAGGUCAACAGUCAGGCAAUCGUUCUCUGUUUCUUCUCCUUCGUCUUCAACUUCUUCAAGAAGAGUGAUCUCGACCUCGUUAGAUAGUACUGGGGGAAGCGCGAUAAGAAAGACGGUUUCUAAGCUUUCUUCCCCAUCUUCUCGGUCUCCUACAGUCUCUACAGGAUUGAGAUCUUCGUCUCUGUCGUCAUCUCAGGAUCGAAGUUCUACUCUAUCUGGACGUAGGAAAACGGGUACUCCUGAUAGCAGGGAUUCGAAGUUCAUUGUUCUUCCGCAGGUGGAGAUAAAAGCUAGUGAUGAUGUGAGGUUGGAUCUCAGAGGUCACAGGGUUCGCAGUCUCACAGCCAAUGGGUUGAACUUGUCAUCAAAUUUAGAGUUUCUUUAUCUUAGAGACAAUGCAUUGUCUACAUUGGAAGGAGUGGAGAUAUUAUCACGGGUGAAGGUUCUUGAUUUAAGUUUCAACGAUUUCAAAGGGCCUGGCUUUGAGCCUCUUGAGAAUUGCAAGGCCCUCCAGCAACUUUAUCUAGCUGGAAAUCAAAUCACAUCAUUAUCAAGUCUUCCCCAGCUUCCUAAUUUGGAGUUUCUCUCAGUUGCUCAAAAUAAGCUGAAGUCUUUAUCAAUGGCAAGUCAACCACGACUACAGGUGUUAGCUGCUAGCAGAAAUAAAAUUUCAACACUAAAGGGUUUUCCUUAUUUACCUGUCCUUGAGCAUUUACGAGUUGAAGAGAAUCCAAUUCUUAAAAUGCCUCAUUUAGAAGCAGCGUGCAUUUUGCUUGUUGGUCCUACAUUGAAAAAGUUCAAUGACAGAGAUCUUUCUCGGGAGGAGGUAGCAAUUGCAAAGCGUUAUCCUGCACACACAUCUUUGUGCCUCAGAGAUGGUUGGGAGUUUUGCCGUCCAGACCAUGCAGCAGAUUCAACGUUUCGCUUUUUGGCUGAACGAUGGAAAGAGCAUUUGCCUACGGAUUACCUGGUCAAGGAAGCCUUUGUGGAUCGACCUUCUGAAGAAGAUGCUUGUCACUGCCACUUUACGUUUGUGCAAGAGAGCACUUUGAGUGUUGAUUCACAGCUAGUUUUGAGAUAUCAAUGGUUUGUGGGUGACAGAACACCAACAAAUUUCACUGUUAUUCCUGAUGCCACGGGAGAGGUUUAUUGGCCCAAGCAUGAAGACAUUGAUAAAGUAUUGAAGGUUGAGUGUACUCCCAUACUGGGAGAAGUUGAGUAUCCUCCUAUAUUUGCCAUUUCUUCACGAGUUGUACGAGGAAAUGGAAUCCCGAAGGUUGUGAAGCUUGAAGUUCAUGGGGAGCUAGUGGAGGGGACCAUUUUAAAAGGCCAUGCUGUGGUUGCAUGGUGUGGAGGUACUCCUGUAAAGGGUGUUGCCAGUUGGUUAAGGAGAAAAUGGAAUGGCAGUCCCGUUGUAAUUGCUGGUGCUGAAGAUGAAGAGUAUUUGUUAACUGUAGAUGACGUUGAUUCCAGUUUGGUUUUUAUGUACACACCAGUAACAGAAGAGGGUGCCAAGGGUGAACCACGAUAUGAGUACACUGAAUUUGUCAAAGCAGCUCCUCCAUCCGUUUCUAAUGUCCAAAUUAUUGGAGAUGCUGUCGAAGAAAAUACCAUCAAAGGAGUUGGUAAUUACUUUGGAGGAAGAGAGGGCCCCAGCAAGUUUGAAUGGCUACGUGAGAAUUUGGAUACUGGAGACUUUGUGCUACUCUCAACUGGCACGCCUGAGUACACCUUGACUAAGGAAGAUGUUGGGCGGCGCUUGGCAUUUGUAUAUAUACCUAUUAAUUUUGAAGGUCAAGAAGGGGAAUCUGUUUCAGUGAUGUCUCAUGUAGUGAAGCAAGCACCCCCGAAGGUAACAAAUGUCAAGAUAAUUGGGGAAAUAAGAGAGAACAGUAAGGUUACUGUGACUGGAACUGUUACCGGAGGAACUGAAGGAUUUAGCAGGGUACAAUGGUUCAAAACUGUUUCUUCUACUUUGGAUGGUGAGAAAGACCUUGAAGCAUUGAGCACAUUAAAGAUUGCUAAGGCGUUCCGCAUACCUUUAGGAGCUGUUGGUUAUUACAUAGUUGCAAAAUUUAUCCCGAUGACCCCAGAUGGUGAAUCCGGGGAACCAGCAUACGUCAUAUCAGAGAGAGCAGUUGAAACUCUUCCUCCUAGCUUAAAUUUCUUAUCAAUUACUGGGGAUUACACUGAAGGUGGAAUCUUGACAGCAUCCUAUGGUUACGUAGGUGGUCAUGAAGGAAAAAGUAUCUAUAAGUGGUAUCUCCACGAGGUUGAAAAUGAACCUGGUAAUCUAAUACACGAGGUUUCGGGAAUACUUCAGUACCGUAUUACCAGGGAUGCCAUUGGCAAAUUUAUUUCUUUUGAAUGCACCCCAGUGCGUGAUGAUGGAACUGUGGGUGAGCCAAGAACUUGCUUGGGGCAGGAAAGUAUUCGACCUGGAAGUCCAAGAUUGCUUUCUCUACAAAUAGUUGGAACCUCCACUGAAGGAACUACACUAAGUGUUGACAAAAAAUAUUGGGGUGGCGAAGAAGGAGAAUCAGUUUUUCGAUGGUUCCGGACUAGUUCAGAUGGCACACAAAGUGAAAUUUGGGGUGCUUCCGCUUCUUCAUACAUGCUCUCCCUUGGUGACAUUGGCUUCUUCAUCUCAGUAUCAUGCGAACCUAUUAGAACUGACUGGGCUCGUGGGCCUAUUGUUCUCUCUGAACAAAUUGGACCUAUCAUUCCUGGUCCCCCUACUUGUCAGUCCUUAGAGUUUGUUGGAUCAAUGAUAGAAGGUCAGCAACUGAGCUUUGUUGCAUCGUACAGUGGAGGGGAGAGAGGAUCUUGUUUCUAUGAAUGGUUUAGAAUUAAAAGUAAUGGUGUCAAGGAGAAACUGAGUACUCAUGAUUAUCUGGAUUUGACUCUUAAUGAUGUGGGAACAUGUGUUGAACUUGUGUACACUCCCAUGCGUGACGAUGGAAUGAAAGGGAACCCUAGAAGUAUUUUAUCUGAUGCAAUUGCUCCUGCGGAUCCUGUCGGAAGGGAGCUUGUAAUCCCUGAUUGUUGUGAGAAUGAGGAAAUAGUUCCCCAAAAGACAUAUUUUGGUGGACAGGAAGGUGUUGGAGGAUAUAUUUGGUACAGAACAAAGAGUAAGGUGGAUGCAAAUGCUCUAAUGGAUAUAUCUGAUGCACCUGAAGAUGUGGUUAUAUGCAGUAAAACACUAAUGUACACACCAUUACUUGAAGAUGUGGGGCAUUAUUUGGCUUUUUAUUGGUUACCCACUCGUUCUGAUGGCAAAUGUGGAAAUCCAUUAGUGGCAAUUUGUGACUCUCCCGUUGAACCAGCUUUCCCUGUAGUGUCUAAUGUUCACGCUGUAGAGUUGUCUUUGGGUAUUUAUUAUGGAGAAGGGGAAUAUUUUGGUGGAUAUGAGGGGUCAAGUCUUUUUAGUUGGUACAGAGAAACUAAUGAUGGAACUAUCAUUCUUAUUAAUGGAGCCAUUUCUAGAACCUAUGAAGUUACUGAUGAUGACUACAACUGCCGGCUUUUAUUUGGGUAUACACCUGUUCGUUCUGAUUCUGUUGUGGGAGAACUAAAGUUGUCUGAGCCAACUGGAAUUAUUCUUCCAGAACUUCCAAAAGUAGAGGAGCUUGUCCUCACUGGAAAGGUGAUUGAAGGUGAUGUGCUAACUGCUGUUGAAGUGAUUCCAAAGAGUGAGACUCAACAGCGUGUGUGGAGCAAGUAUAAAAAAGAUGUUAGAUACCAAUGGUUUUAUUUAUCAGAAUCGGGAGAGAAGAAAGACUUUGAACCUUUACCUGCACAGCGUUCCUGCUCAUACAAGUUGCGGUUCGAAGACAUUGGACGGUGCUUGAAAUGUGAAUGCAUUGUGACUGAUGUGUUUGGAAGAUCAAGUGAGCCUGUGUACGCUGAAACAGCACCUAUCCUGCCAGGGAUUCCUAGAAUAGAUAAGUUGGAAAUUGAAGGUAGGGGUUUCCAUACCAAUCUAUAUGCUCUUCGUGGUGUUUAUAGUGGAGGAAAGGAAGGAAAAAGUAAAAUUCAGUGGCUCAGGUCGAUGGUUGGAAGUCCUGAUUUGAUCUCUAUACCAGGAGAGGUAGGGAGGAUGUAUGAAGCAAAUGUUGAUGAUGUGGGAUACAGGCUGGUUGUCGUCUAUACUCCUGUGAGAGAGGAUGGAGUGGAGGGACAACCUAUCUCUGCAUCAACAGAUCCAAUUGCUGUUGAGCCUGAUGUUCUUAAAGAAGUGAAGCAGAAGAUUGAACUUGGAUCUGUGAAGUUUGAGGCACUGUGUGAUAAGGAUCGAUCUCCGAAAAAGGUUCCGGUAGUGAGCAACCUUGAGAGAAGAAUUCUUGAAGUCAACAAAAAAAGGAUCAAGGUUGUGAAACCAGGUUCUAAGACUUCUUUUCCAGCAACAGAAAUUCGGGGUACUUAUGCACCACCAUUUCAUGUGGAGCUGUUCCGAAGUGAUCAACACCGGCUUAAAAUUGUAGUUGAUAGUGAGAACGAGGUAGACCUGAUGGUGCAAACUCGACACCUCCGAGACGUUAUUGUGCUCGUGAUAAGAGGCCUUGCUCAGCGAUUCAACAGUACAUCUCUCAAUACUCUCCUCAAAAUAGAUACAUAGUAAAAACAUCAAGACUGAGUCCAUUUUUAUGAUUUUUCAAUCUUUUUUGUCCAUUGAAAGUUGUCAUUUUUCCCAUUGUUUUUGAUACAUGAUCACCAUUGGUAUUGGUGUUUUCAACCUGUUGUGUAGAAAAAAGGAGAUGUUGUAUAGUAGUCCUUAGGCUGAUGGUGUCUAAUUAUUGUAAAUUAUGAUAUUUUUGUUACUACAGCACUCAAAUUUGCAGGUGGGAUGGUGUAUUCUGUGUUGAGAUAAUUUUAUUGUGUAUUCUGCACCUUACCACCAUAAUGUAAAAAAAGUAAAACUUUCAUUUGUUUAA